AUGGGCCCAAGUUUCGAUGUCUUAUCUUCCAUAAAAUCUGUAUUCCCGCACGUUGAGAAGCCCACGCAGGUCCAAGGAAGGCUUAUACCAGCCAUCAUGCAGGGCCACGAUGUUAUACUCAUGGACGAGACUGGAAAGACUUUUGGGAGCGUCCUCGCACUUCUUCCUGAGAUAGCUCGACCUAAUACUGGAAUAACGACACUACAUUGUUCUCAUCGGGAUUUGGCGUACCAAAUUGAAUCAUGGUGUCAAAAGCUAGUCACCUCUCAGCCAUCCACGUCGAUCGACCCAUCCACCGUAGUUCGAGUUAUCGCUCGUCCGAAUACUACCCUCAAAUAUUUGCGCAGAUCCGAAACAACCCUCCUCGCAUCCUGGUGUCAACCCCGGGUUGACGAGGUUGAAAAUCCCCUUGCGAUAUCACAAAGUGCAGCUCCGGAACUAUCACACCCCGAGGCCGCUCAGCCAUCGAUAACUACUUCUUCGCCUCAUGUGGGAGGGACGACGACCCAAGCCGCAGAUGGUCAUGAUGAGCGCGACGCUAACCCUCCAUGUGCGGUCAUGGUUAUUCAAGCAAACGGAUGGAUGUCAGAACGUGUGGUCAGGAUACUGGAAUUCAAGAAAAGAUCGAGUCGGGCGAGUUUGAGUCUAGCGAACACCAAGAAGCUGAUUCAAGUUCCGAAGAAGGAGAGCGAGGAAUUUUGUCCGGGGAUCCUGCGAGGAAUUUUGUCCGGGGAUCCUGAAGCCAUCCUGGGACUUUUGGACCGGGAAGGCGAUGGAGCUACUCUUGGCAGUCGACCAGGCCCGACGUAUCAAUUGCCCACACGACUCGCUAAAGGGAUUACAUUGCCUCCUAGCAUCCUAGAAGCUGUCGCAACAUCUGUCGCGCUCGACGUCAGCCACCGUGCACUUUUGGUGAUUCCAAAUGGAGUCUCAAUCGGCCCGGUUGUGGAGGCCCUCAGAGAACUUGGUGUGGAGGCACGCACCUUGAACCUCAAAGACGAAAUCGAACAUGUCUCAAAUCGACUUGAAAACGAACAGGAAGUGCACUCCAAACCAAGUUCUGCAACAACUUCAUCCGAUCGUUCACUUGCCGAGGACGAAGGCGAAGAUUUUGUAUCGAAUCCGACUUUGCUCAUUGCAACGACCACGGCCGUACGCGGAAUCGAUAUACCAACGCUUUCGCACGUUUAUAUCGUUGGAGGAUUGGAAUCAGAAGAAAUUUAUCGUCACGUUGCUGGUCGUGCGGGACGCUUUGGGAUGCCAGGAACCGUCAUCUCGUUGUAG